UCUUCUUUUUGUUAGUCCAAUCUGGCAACCCCAGCUGCCCGGAACAACGGAAAAGACAAUUUUGACAACUGUAGCUGGUAAACAGACUUGUCUAGUUUACUGAACAAUGAAUCUGUCAUUAGUUUGGGUGGAUUUUGUAGUGGUUUCCAUGGGUUGCCGUCAGCGCUAGCUAUCUAAGGAGCCGAGUUAGUUACGUUACAAAUCAUCUGUGUCUGAACGUUAGCUAGCUAACAGAGUUUAGCUAAAGACGCAGCAGCAGCAUGGGCGAAGGCAGCAUUACUCCCAGGCUCGGAAACAUGAAAGCAUUGCUUGGUCUAGUUGCCGGAGCUGGAGCUUCCUACGGCUUAUACAAACUCAUCAGCGGGGAGAGCUUCAAGAAAAACAAGAAAAGUGCUGCUAAUGAAAGUGCUGGUGUCCGGAGCAGUCAGCCCAGUGAAGUUACCCUACAGCCGGGCAGCCUGCUGGCCAGAGUGUCCGGACUGGAUGUUGUCUGUCCCCGACCUGUGGAUGUUGCAUCAGGUGACAUAAUCCACCAGUCCCCUGGCAACCUGGAACCACAGCACUUGAAAAUGCUUCUGUCAUGUCUGCAGACCAGCAAUAAUACAACCGACAGAUGUCGUAUCAUACUUACUUUAGGAAAUUCUGCUGCCUUUACUGUGAAUCAGAAUCUGAUAAGGGAAUUUGAUGGAAUUCAUAUCAUAGCUGGUUUCCUCUCUGAUCCUGCGGCAGAAGUUAGAGUGCAGACUCUGAAUGCUUUAAAUAAUCUGUGUAUGAACAUCCAAAACCAGGAACAAAUAAAGGUUUAUGUGCCAAAAGUGCUGGAGCUGAUUGAGAUGUCUCUAGUGAAUUCUGACCUUCAGCUUGCUGCUCUCAGGCUGCUCACAAACCUGUCAGUCACAGAUAAACAUCAACACUUGCUAAAGAAAUCAAUUACACUUUUACUCUCUCUACUUGUCGUGAGCAAGGAAGCAUUACAGGUUCAGGCUUUGAAAGUCCUUGUGAAUUUGUCAUCCAAUCCAGAUAUGAUGGAUGACAUUGUUCAAUCUCAGGCACCAGCUUCUGUUGUGCUGCUGUUUGACGCACGAACAGCCUCUACUGUGCUUCUGCGACUGCUGACGUUCGCAGGGAACUUAAAGGCCUGGACGCCCUCUGCCCAGGUGGCUGAUGAACUGAGGCGGAAGCAGGAUUGUCUCUUCCGGGUCAUGUUAGAUGAGUCUUCCCAGCUCCACAGCAGACUGGUCCAGCUACUUUCACACCCUGACGAGGAGAUUCAGUCCCAGGUGGCUCGUAUCUUGACAUAGACCUACUUCUCUGCACACUUGAUCCAUGCACAGCUUUUGCUUCCACACAUUUUGCCAAAGCCAUCAACCCAUCACACUUCCAGUUUAAUUAUAAAUUUGUUGACAUUAAUCUGACAAAAAAGAGAAGGCUGGGAAGCCUGCUGUAGAUACUCUUACAGUCGUGCACUUUCUAUAUCUUCAGUGUUCCCUAGAUCAGAGGUUUUCAAAGUAUGAGGCAGGCCUCUUCAAGGGGGCUCCAAUCGGUUUCAGGGGAGGCUAAGUGGACUAAAUAUUACAUUAGUUAUUAAAAGAAGAUCACAUAGAAUAGCCUAAAUGUGUGUGAUUUUUGUUAGAGCCAAACUAAGCUUUGUCUGAGUCGAGGCCCUCAGACUUUGUAAACCCCUGCCCUAGAUCAAUAUUAUUAGCACACAUAAGUCAAUUAUUUAUUCGUCCUCACCACUCUUUCCUGAUUUCCACUUUCUUACACUGUAAUUAAUAGACGAGCAACAAGUGAGCAACCAUUCAUUCAGUAGAGUGUAAAAGUCCACCUCUGCCUUUUUCCCCCUGCCACCUGCAGCUUCUCAUUCCCAGAAAAUAUUUUUUCCUUCAAAGAUCCACAGUGCCCUUCCUUCUAAGAACGUCACCUACUUUCUCUGAAGACAUGUUCCAGGUGAAAUUUCUGAACCCAAACCCACUGCCAAACAUUUUCUAGAGAAUGCGUGAGAAUGACCUGUGCUGCGCGACCCAACUUACUACCCCUCUGUGGCUCAGAGAGACUCUGAGAUGGAGAGCUGAAGAGGUUUCUUUCCGCACACCUCGGCAUGCCUUGGAGACAUGAAUGAAUGGAUGCAACACAGUUCCUGCCCUCACUAAUUUAUUAACAUGUCGGAUUUAAAGGACAUGCUCUUCAAGAUCUUUAAUGUUUUUCAUUUGAGAAUCGGUGUAUCAUGACGACCCAAAGUGAAGUCCCCUUGCAGGGUGGUUGGCCUGACAUUCUGUGUCAAUGAGGGAAGUUUAGUGUAGCGGGAAGAACUUUGAGUUGAAACACUUCCUCACCCGCAAUGAGAAGAACUAGUACAUGUGGUUGGGACACCUUCAAGUUAUUUAUUGUGGUUUGCACAAAAAUUACACAGAAACAAUUGUUAACAAAGAAAAUCUUAGCUCUCAGGCUCCCUCCAACAAUGUUGAUGAAUUUCUUUUUUUUUUUUAAUCACGCAAGAAAAAGACUAAGAUUUAAAAUAGUGCAAUUUAAAAUAAAGGGAUAAAAUAUAACUUAUAUAAAAAUGUAAUAAUAUUAAUGUGUGGUAAACAGUCAUUUCAAAUGAAUAAACAGAAUGUAAAUAGAUGUAAACUGGUAUGGAUACAACCUAAGUAUCUUUAACUUUGAAGGUGCACCAACCACAGCUGCCUGGGACAAAACCCCAGCGUUGAUCCAUGACAUGACGUUGCAUCUCUCAAACACACCUGCAAAUCCCCCAGAGAGGAGCAGGAGGAAGCUGCAAAGGAAAAGGAUGUCUGGACUGCUAUGAUUGUUUCAGCUACCACAAAUAUCGUACAGAUACGCAGCUGGAAAAUGAAUGGAGGAGCGGUUGACCUCUGACAAAGCAGCCUGUAAUAAUAACCAUUACUUUUGUUUUGUAACCAUAACUGCAUUUGAACAUUUUAAUGGUUAUUGAAUUAUAACAGAGAUUGAAUGUUAAUUACAAGCAUUGUCGUGUUAAUUUAUGCACUCGCAGUAAUUGACGGACCCACGUGUUGUCUAGCUGGAGGACUGGAGCUGUGGAUUCAUCUAAGACUUGUUAACAGUAUUUACAGAGAGGAGGAUGGGUGUGGGUGCAUACCUCUAAAUUGCAUGAAAAAUGUGAAGAUUAUCACAGAAUAUGAUUUUGAAUGCAAGGAUUUUAUGACUUGAGCCAGUCCAGGUGUAAAGAAAUGCUGCACAUUUUACUGACUUUGUUGAACCCAAAUCCUAAAUAUCUCUCAGGCAAUAUGGUUUACCAGAACAGAUACAACAGGAGGCUGAUUUACUUGUGAUCUAGAUUAUCGUAUUUAUUUAAUAAAGCUAGCUAAAUGUUUGUUAUGUUUGUUUUAAUGGUUCAAUAAAAACCCUAUAUGACAAA